AUGACGAACAAUGAAGCGGACAUUAGUGAUCUGGGCCGCUGGCUCAAUUCAACGGUUGUCGCGCGAUUGUUGAUGAUUGGUUCAACCAGACUGGCUAUAGGAUCCUUAACCCAUCCCGUCAAGUUCUCAACACUCGAAAUCAAACGAGAUCUUUUGUUAGGAAUAAAUCAUAUGGCAACAAUUGCACGUUAUUGCCGUACGGAGACCCUGGUUUUGACCAGCUUCUUUCAUGUACUUUUCCCAAUUCUGAAUGAGAAUGAGUCGAGGAGGAACCCACUGCAAACACGUGAAGCCCAAGAUCAUGCUCCAACAGUCGGGUCACGGCUUCUCCAACUCCGUUUUCAUCUCUGGUGGGAUGAGCGGCAACUUCAUAUCAACUUCAUGGACUCUACACAGAAGUUUAACAGGAUUUGCAACAUUUGGGGUUGUAUUAGUGCAAUUGCUAGUAAGUUUGACUUGUACCUACAGCACCCCAGAAUUAAAAAGAAAAAAGAAAACUACAAAACCGGAAGUAAGAGGGAAAAUAACAGGCACCCGUUACAUCUCUUGAGCCUCCACAAAUAUCAAUCAAUAUUGACCAGCUUAUCUGAUCAGGAGAAAGACCCAAAGUCUUCAUUUCGUCCAUCAAAGCUUUGGCACGCAAGAAGAAAACAUCACAAAAGUUUCACGGAAAAGAUCAUAGCAUCAGCGUUAACUCUAAUCUACAGCAUAUCAAGAUCUAGCAAUGCAGAAAUUAAUGUCAAUCAAAAUCAAAUAAGCUACUGCGAGAUCUUACCAGCAAGUACUUCCACUAAGCUCACAAGUUGCUCUAAUUCACCGCAUUUCAGCAGUCUCCGGCACUCUUUCCUCAGCAACUCCAUAGCAGCUCCAUCAAAAAGCUGCACGGGCUCGAUCCCGAGGCUCCGCACACCAUCUAACAGCACCUCCACAGCACUACUGACAUUUGAUUGGCCUAGCACACCAGCAAUCCCACUCGCGACACUUUUGACAUCCAGCUGA